UGGCACCACUGUCAAAUGUUAUAAAAAAUGUAAGCUUUUACAGGGCUCUCUCGACUCGGAGAGUUUCGUAUCAUGUUAUCCAUGUAUAUAUAUGUAUAUAUAAUAUUAACAUUCUCUGCCAUAACUUCUUUCAGCAUUUUGUAAUUCUUCCUUUUUCAUCGUAUUUCAUGUUGUUUUAAAUUACUAUCAUGGCAACACUGUUCAUAUUAACAUCCAUUUUCCAACGCUACCGAUUCUUUAUACGGUGGAAAGCUUUUGUGGAACGUACACAGAAAAUAAGCUUUUGUACACAACUCAGCCAAAAAGUGGGCUAUCUCUAUAGCAAGAUAGGGCGGCCAGGUAUUCUCGCACAUAGCUCAUCUCUGCUACUCUCACUAUAUAUUUUUCACUCUUGUUUCGAUUUUCGUCAGAAUUGGCAACUCCUAUGUCAGCAAAUGAGAGCAGGGCUACACACAAACACAGUUUUGUAUACAUCGCUGCUUUCUUUUCCCAUUGAUAUCCGUGCUUGCCUUUCCAAUUUUGCGCCAUCUGCAAUUGUAACGCAGUCAGUGCCAUUUGGGGCCAUCAGCUAAAAAGCAGGGUAGUACGGUGUAUCCUGCAACGCGCAUUCGUUAAACAAAUCAAAUAAAAUAAUUGUAAUAAAAAAAUGCUCCAGAUAACAAUAAAUGUUCAAAAACUAUUUAAUCCGUGAUCUACAUAUUUCCCCGUUUUCCAUGCCUUACUGCAUAAAAUUCACAUUCACAGCCAAUCGCACAAAAGAAAUCUGGUCGAAGCGAUUGAUUCUUGCACAAUAAUCGACUUAUACGUUGACAAUUGAAAGAAAAUUCAAGUGUGAAAAAUGUCUAUGCAUGCAAAAGUUAAGUGGACCAAAAGUAUCGUAUAGAUAUUGUAUAUUGAAUAUGGAAUUUUUUCCAUCCCUAAACAAUCGUGUAUGUUCCAUCUAUACAUUUGAAUUUAGUACACUUGAAAAUCGGCAUAACAAUAGUUAAAGAAACGAGUAUGGUAUAUUUUUUAUAUUAAAUCUCUAACGUUGAAGCUAUGAACGACUUUCUUACAGAAAAAGUGUAAAUAAUUUACGUAAAAAUAUUAUAUAAUUUAUGGCAAGUAAAAGCAUUGAUGCUUUUAUACUUCCUAUUCGCUUUUUGAGUUGUAUUGCAGUCAUAUUUCCGUCCUGGACUUACGUAAAACGUUUGGAGGCAGUAUGAGUUUUGAAAAACAAAAAUUAUAUCGAUAUGAACUAAAAGUUUAAAUGCCAUAACGUAGUAUGUGUAGAUGCAUAUGAAUUAAAAAAUUACGAGUGCCUAACCAAAUGCGAGUUCAAUAUAAAAUGUUUAAAACUGAGUAUAAAAGCAUGGAACCUUGAAUGUGAAAUAAUUUAAAAUUAUUCAUCCUAUUAUAUAUUAAACUAAUACACAUAAAAAGUAGGCAUAAAAAGUUAAAAAAGAAUAACUUAUUUCUUCCUACAAUAUCCUUCCUGCUUUGAUCCCGUACUAUAAAAUAUCUAUAACGACAGUUAAGUUGAAUUAUAUAAAAAUUUUGUGGAUAUACGGAUUUUCAUAUUUAGGCGCUGUUCGUAUAAGUUCGUUUGCAGUUCGUUCGCAGUUCGUUUCGUUUCUAAAAUGCUUCGUAUUCUUCUUUCGGCUAUACGUGUAACCUAGAGUUUCCCAGUUACCCUUCGUUUCCAUCUGUCUGUUGUAGUUGCCUUUGUUAGAUUCAUCAGUACUUUGGUGAUUUACACAUCUUGUUCUUAACUUGAACAUAUCUCCACUUUUAUUGAAUUCCUUUGAAAAUGAGCUGAACACUUCGGUAUUGGAUCACAAGAAUUUCAUUUGGUAAGUUGUGGUGCGGGAAAGUGCAUUGGAAUGAACUGAGCUGAAUCGAGUUGAGUAACGAAAAUGAAAAAGCAAUGUGGGCAAAUCUCGUCUAUUGAUGAGAAGAAUACUUGUGUUUUCUUGUGCAUUGAAGCUCAGUGCGUUAAAUUUAUGCCAAUUUGCUCGGGUUUUCGUUACAAUAAUUAAAGAGAAAAAAACGCUCUCUCGACCCUUGCGAAUAUAUGUUACAAAAGUAUAUUUAAAACCAUUUGGAUAUAAAACUGGAUAAAUGCGCGUGCAAAAUAGAAAAAGUUACUACUACACUCGUUUAUACUAACUAUAAAUGUUUCAGAUGAAAGUCUAAAGAAGAUAUUUAGUGUUUUAUUUGUCCCCAUCAAUGUGUCAACUUCAAUUGAAAAUGAACAUCUAACAUUCUUCGUGUGAAUUAGCCGUUUCGAGUGAUCAAAUAUAAAAAAAAUGAUGAGUUUCCCAAAAAUUCAAACAAAAAUGAAGUUUGUGAGUAUUAAAUAUAACAUGCAAUUUCAAGGUUAACCGCGUUUACAAGAGAACUACACAUAAGUAUGAGCGCACUACGACUGCUCAAGCUGCUUGUGGGAAUAUCCCGACACAAUUCCGUCUCUCGUUUAGCACAAAUCAUUCUUAAGCAGUUUCUAAUUUUGGGUACUUAUCGAUCGAAUAUUCUUAACAGUUUUUGUUAGUGUCACUGUUAUUGCAACAUAUCAUCGUAAACACUUAAAAUUUCGCACCUACAAUUUUCGAUUUAUAGUAACGACAACAAUUAACGCAAAUACGUUAAAAACAUAUUUGCAUCUCGAUUAACGGUAUGCUGAGCGCUGCUGAAACCGCAAACAAAAUUUUAUGCUGUGUAUGCUGGGAGUUAAAAAUAACAGUUUUGGUUACAGCCAUCCUCCUAAAAGAGGUCUCACACGAUUGGACUACGUUUAUAUCUAAGUAAUAACGCGACUAAUUUCAUGAAUAGAUGAAAUAACUUAUAUACUUACAUAUGUAUGUAUAUCGCGUAUAUAGCCGAGUAAAAUAUUCGUAUAAUAGGCGAAGCUGUAACCAUCUGUUCCAGAGUACUAUCACCAAUAACACUAAGAAAAUAUGAUGGGGCCAUGAGCCCGUCAUUAUUUGAAUUAAAUCCGAGUCGCAAGCGCGUCUCAAGCGGGCCUGCACCAUGCUAGCACCGCCGAACCCGAGGUCAAUAUGCGGCCAGGACCCGGGCUGGUCGUGAUGGCGCUUGCGUUUAUUUCGGGGGCUCGGCGUGGCAGCACCAGCACCAGUUCCAAAUCAUCAUCAUCGGCCACAUCAUCAUCAUCACCACCGGCUUUUUUCACCUCUACCACAUCCAAUAAUGAUCUCGAACCCCUGACAGCUUCUCUACUGUUUCCAGCCUUCCUCGGUGGAGGCGGUGUGCUAACAUCAGCUAAUUCACCAUCAUUAUCUAAUCAUCCUCUACAAGAAUCGGAAGGAGAAAAUCGCAAAGAGGAUUACAACUACAUAUACAAUAGCUAUUUUAACUUGCUUCCACUUACAUCGACAAGUGAUAGAUCAAUCCAAAGCGAUCAGCACCUUCGAUUGGAAACUCUAUCCGGCUUAAAAUCGUCUUCCCGUGCAACUAGACAAACGAGAAUAAUACGAAGCUUAAAAAUAGGUAAACGAAAACUAAACGAAAACAGACACGAAACUGAAGUCCGCGAACGCGAUCGCGAUCGUGAAAGGGACAACGUGGGUAAUUCGGAACGUGUGGUGGAUUCUGAAAGUGGAAGCGGUAGUGGAAUAUACGAUGUUGAAGACAUCAUCUCAAAUGUGGAAGCGAAAACUAGCGCCAGUCUUUUAAUUGAUGAUGCCGCCGUCAAUAUAAAUACUGAAAAAAUUUCCUUACGAUAUCCUACAAACUCUGCGGAUACAUCACAAUCUUUGGAAGGGGGUGAUAUCUUAGCUUUGGUCGCCGAAGAUGAUCUUCUAUCGGAAGAAUCAUUUGAUCGACUCACGAAAUUCACAGAUGACAAAAUUGGUUAUGUCAUUCUUGAUGAUUAUGAUGCCGUAAAUGAGGAUACAACUAGUGGUGUAAGUGAGGGCUUUUUAACUAAUGCUCUUGAAAAGAAACCACAAAAAGCGCGGGAUGUCAAAUACUCUAAAAAUGAAAAUAGUGCUGGCAGUGAAAAUGGUACUGAAGAUCACUAUAAUUUUCAAAAUGAACAAGAACAUCGAAAUGAAGAAAAAAAAUCUAAUGUAAACGAAAAUACAAACCAAAAUAUAAACGGAAAAAAUUACGUGGUAAAUAAAGAAAACAACUCAAAUAAUUUACCGGUGAUUGUCGAUACUUCGUUUGCGGCCGCGUUUAGUGAAAAUGGUUUGAGUCACACCAUUACGACGGAUAGUGAGAGCAAUGCCCGAAAUAUCAAAUGGUCGAUAUUCGAAAGCGAGUCUCCACUGACUCGACUUAAUCCCUGGAUAUCUGCCUGUGACCUGGCACAACCUGGUACGGCACCAGAUUUACAGGGUCAAUGCUCCGCUGGUACAUUACCAGUAGCAUGGGUUGAUGAGGGUCCCGGCCCUCCAACUUGCCCAGUUUCGUGUGAAAAAUUAAAGAUGAGUACAUUUACGAAGUUUAAAACUAAAUCGUAUAAUAACAACAGUAAUCUAAUGAAUAAUUAUAAAGUAAAUAUUAAGAUACCUAUUGGUAACCUUUAUGAUACCGCAACAAUAAUGAAAGCUCGUCGCGACUUAAAUAAAUGGAAUAGCAACGACAGCAAAGAAACUAUUUAUGGCGACGAAAUGUCGGUUAGCACAAAAAUAUCGAAACAGCCCGAAAAUCAAAUGUUGGCGACAUCACCUAUCCAAGCAAGUUCGUUUCAAGAUCGCAAACGAGAGAACCAGGCAAAUAAGAAGAUUGUGAAAAGUAAUACAAAUGAGGGCGAAACUGGAGCACCAGAUGAAUAUUCCGAAUAUAACCUAGGUGGAUUAAGAUACAAAAAAAAUGCUGCCCAAGUAUUCAACAACAAAGAAACGAAAGAAUAUUUCGAUUACAAAGAGAAACCACAGCAACAGAAGGAACAACAGUGCCUUGAUUACUUGGGCGAUACGAAGGAUACAAGUCCGGCUCACUUGUGUACAUUCAAAUCGCCCGGCGAAUUGGCGGAUCAACUGCGUUCACUACGUUUACGGCAUUGUUGUGAGCGCAAUGUCUUCAGCGCCCUACACACUCUCGCUUUAAAUGCCACCCUGAGUGGUGGAGUAGAAUGCGUUCGCACUCUCAUGGAUGUUAUGGACUUAGAUCUAUUGGCUACUCGCAUCACUUGUGAGCUAGCGGAAAUUCUUUUUCGCUUUGAUUGCCGUCAAGUGUAUUCAUUAAUUCACCAGUGUGAAGAUUGUAAAGAGUCUUACCGGCGUUGGGUUUGUAGCACCUUGGUACCAUAUUUUGCUGAAGAAGGUGACAUUUCUAUAUCCCCAAGUUAUAACAAUAAUCGAAACAGCAGCAAAAGUAACAUAAUAAACAAAAAAACGAGUAAUCAAACUUUAGUUAAGGACAUUACUAUCAAUAAAACUAGUUUAUUGCUUCCUAACCUAAAUUACCAGAAUGAAUUGAAAGACUUUGCAAAUUCAAAUAGGGGUUCAGCACAACGAACCAAACGCCAAUUUAACCAAAAUCUGGCAUUUUUAAAUACAUCUUCGAUCGAGAACAAUAUAGUCGUACCAAGAAGAAACCUCACGUCUACGGUUUGGAAACGGAGUAAACGAAAUAUGGAUGAUAAAUGCAACCGGCACCAACAUCAACCGCAACAGAGGCAACAAGUGCGUUCACAACAACUUAAACAAUCCAAUAUCUUCAUAUCGACUGCCAUUAAUGCGGAUCCAUAUAAUGAGGAUCCAGUGAUAUCAAAAAUAAUUAAACGAUCUAAACGAAAGGUGAUAUUCCGAAAGCGUAAAAGAAUACGACCCUGCCUAAGUGUCUGCCAAACGGUAGAGCAGAAGUGCCCAUAUCUGCUUCCAGCUGAUCGAGCUCCAGCGCUGCCUACACAAUACGCCGGCGAACCAACAUUUCUUUGUUUGGAUCAGAGCAUACCAGAAACUGGUGAACAACUGCGUAAAUCAAGCUAUGGACCUGCCGAAUGCUGUUAUAGCUACUGUAAUAACAUCGCAGAUGGAAUUUGUGCCUACUGCAAUGAGUUCAUACAAGAUAAAGGGAAUUUUUCUCCGAUUGUAAGUUCAACUCCACGUUUACACAAUAUCACGCUAACAGCGACUGGUCAGUAUCAAUUGGAUUCUCGUUUGGAAGCAACCUUGGCGAAAGACUCGACGAAUAAAUUGGCUGCCAGCAUAUCAAUUGCACUAAAAAAUAGUACAGCAACAGUCGUAAGUGGCCAAAUCGAUCGUUUACUAUAUUAUGCCCUCUAUGAUGGCAUCUAUUACUACGAUGAGAACACGGCCGAUAUGCCUAAAGCCGCGAUCUCGGACGAUUGCCCACCAGUACCGUCGGUGACAAGUCGCUGUUCCAUACCGUAUUACGCCUCAUCGGCGGUAACCAUCCGCUUACAACAAAAGACAGUACCAAAAGAUGUAAGUGGACACCACAUGCUGUUAUUGCUCAGCGCAAUGCUGUGUUUGCUGACGAGUCAAACUGCCGCAAUUCAGUUAAAAAGUCAGACACACCCGAAUCAAAAACUGCGCAAAUACAUACUGCAUAGUUCAAAACAUUUUUAUAUCGGGGGUUCUCCAUCUAGGGUGAGGUACAAACUUUCUGCAGCUAUAUUUGCAACAAAUGAAUUCAUUUAUUUGGCUGAUCAUUCCGCCAUAAAGCAAAGAAUUAAAAAAAUAGCCUGGACCAUCAGUUCGUUGGAAAAUUUCACAGAACCCACCAUACUCUAUAUAAGUAGUGAUAUUUACGAAAUCAGUACGAGAAACAUCCGUCAUAGCGUCCAUGAAUGUGGCAGACUUAUACAUUGUUGCAUUGAGAAAAAACUUGAAAGAGGUAGAACCAAGAGUAAAAGUUUAAAAGAAAAUAAGCAAAGAAACCAAGAAUUAAAUGGACAUCAAAAUCCAAAUAGAUCCGCAAGCGUAAAUAAAACUGCAAAUAUUGAAGGGAAUGGGAAGAAAAUAGCGUUCCGUGCAGAAUAUGGUGUAUUGAAGGGAUUAAAUGAGAAUUACAUUCGUAGUACUAAGUACAGGGGCUAUGUAAGGUGUAAUUAUGUUCAGAUGAAUAUAGGAAAUAAUAAUAAAAUUACUUAUAGAUUAAAUAGCCAAUUGUAUUUUAAUAGUAAUACUAAAAUCUAUCGUAGGAAAAAGAGUAGUAAAAUUAGAAAUUUUAAUAUUGCUACCAACACAGACUAUACUAAUUAUCAUAAUAAUGGUGUAAUUGAAAUACCAACAUCAAAUUCAAAUAAUAACCCAAAAACAAAAGAAAACAUAAAUUAUUACAAUUACACUAACAAUAGUAAGUCUAAUAAUAAUAAGAAUAGCAUUGACAGAGUUUAUUUUAAUAAUGCAGAAACAAAUUAUCAGAUCAUUUACUACUAUAAUUUCAAUAUCAAUGAUUGGUGGCGGCGAUGGUGGUGGUCCCCAUGGGCAUGGUCUACUCAGCGUAAAUCCCUUGUCAUAUUAUAGUUUCUCGUGCUGGCUUUUAAAAGAAACAGCGUUUAAUGUCUCAGCUAACAUAAGAGCGAAAUUUCAACAAAUUUGUGUACAUUCCGAGCAUUUGCAAGAUUUGCAUUGCGUGGUACUUUUCUUAAAACUCUUCACUAGAUUUCACAUUUUUACAUUUCCACGCCAGUUUGAACAUCUUUUCGUCACACUUCUGACUUUGUUCUUUAAACUUAAGUUAUCCAAGCACAGUGAGUAUUUGAGGGAAAAAUUGUUGUACGAAGCAUUGAUGGUUGCCUACAACAUAAGGCAACAAGGAAAUACUGGAGAUUAUAUACAUAUAUAUACGCUACAUAUGUAUAUUCAUGAAAUGCGUUUCUCUCAGAUAUGUUUACAGUUUCUGCCAAAAAAAACCAGAAUCGGCUCCGCAAUCGGCGUGUCUUUCCGUAUUUUAUUACUACAAGAGAUAAUUUAGCCACCUCCCCAAUUAUCAAAUGAUUUUUUUCAAAUCUUCUGCAAUACAUUGUUAUAGUUGGUUUUUUGUAUAUACAUAUGUACAUGUAUAACAUCGCAUCAUUCGGGCAGUCAAAUUUCUCAAAGAGGAAUUACAACCCAGUUAGUCAGCUCGUUGCAUUUUUUCCAUACAAGCACAUAUAAAGACAUAAAUUUGUAAAAUCAACAGUUUUGUAAUUGUCAUCGAAUAUGCAAUUACAAUAUAAUAUUACAUAUUUAUAUCAUAUAUAACAUGUCAAAAAGGAUAAACGCUGCUUCUAAAACUACGUUUGUGCCCAUUGUGAGUGUUUACAGACGAAGACUUUUUUCCCCAAACUACAUACAUUGUUGGCGAGGGCCGACGAGAAAAGGCAAAGGGCGCCGACUUGCUUUUAUGCGACAACUUUUUUCGUUUAGAAAUACUAUGGACGCUUGCAAUUGCUCUCAGUUCAAAUGAAUAUUUACAAUAUGUUCGGAAAUUUGAAUUUUGAAUUUGUAUACAAAUAUGCAACAAAAAUUUUCUUAAUUGUUUAGUAUUCUAUUAUCAUUGCCUACUUUGAUUUUUUCCAACUUUAAUAGUAUACUCGUGUUUGAAAUAUAUCUAUGGCACAUAUUUUACAAUGAACUGUAGUAUAAACUCAUGGUACACUAAACUGACCGUUCAUAGUUGGAAUAUAAGGUUUAAAGAAACAACUUAUGGGAAAGCCGAUAAAUGUGAGUUCGAAUUUCUCAAGCAAUAAUAUUUGGUUUAAGAAUUAGAUUAUAUUGAUCCUUUCGAUUUAUAAAUUUAUUUUUAACAAAUGUAAAGGUAAAUGCGCGGAGCGCUUGAGGAAUUAAAUAUUUGAAUUUCGAAUCACUAUAUGAUGUUUACUUCACUUGAUUUUUUCUGAACAUGAUAUUUUGAAGCGUUUUCAAGAAAAAAAACCUAAGCCUAAUACUAAUAGGAUGAGUUGAAGAAAUAGCAUAAGUACACACAAAUUUAAAUUUUACUUGGUAUAUAUUUCACCGAUUAUGCUACUUAUGUUUAAUCCACAUUUCAAAAAUUGAGCGUGUUGAAAGCGUUGCCGUGUAUUGUGCUGUAUCAUUGCACAGACGAAAAAUUUUACUUAACUAAACAAGUCAUGUCAUUUGAAUGGCAUUGAUGGACACAGUUAGCAGCAUUGAUUACUCUAAGCCGCCGAUUACAACAUACCAUCUGUGUUAUUAAAAUGGUCAGUCGCCAAAUUUCUAAUAUCAUUGAGCAUUUAUUUUGAAUGGUAUGAAAUGGAUGUCAUUUUCGAAUAAUUAUGAAAGUUACGAUGGGUUUAGAAAGAGAUAUUCUCGUAAACAAUACAUAUAUCAUGUAAAUUAUUUAUAUUUUUGUACAUUUAUAUGUACAUUGCGCAUAAAUGCGUUAUAAGUUAGAAUGGAAAUUCAGCACAUACAUAAAUACAUACAUACAUACAUAUGACAAUGACAUUGUAAAUGAAUCAACAUACAAGUACGACUAAUUCAAAGCAAAAUAAUAGAAAUUUCACAUACAUAGAUAAAUAAAUCAUAUUUUAUUACAGUUAGAAAUAAACUGAAGAUAAUAUAUAAAAAAAAAAUUAUAUUUAAACAAAAAAACUGCCAAAAGUUUAGUUUUAUAGGUAAAGCCCUAUUAUAAGUACUUUAUUAAAAUAAAACAAAACGUAAAGAAACGGAAAGCUACUGUUCAAAAUAGUAAAAUAAUUGAUUUAAAUCUAAAAAAUACUGUAUCAACAAAUAAAACACAAACUUAUACUAAAAAUACAUACACACAAGAGCAAGCAAAACAAAAGUAAAUGAUAAACAAAUGAUUAUUAAUACAACUUAGAGACACAUUAAGAAUUAAAUAAAGACGCAAUGUAACACUCAACUCUCGACUUUAAACUUUGGAAAUGAAGAAUUAUGGGUACUAAUGCGACUUUAUAUACCAACACAUACAUAUACACAAUUGUUUUCGUAACAACAGGUUCAAUAAUAACUAACGAAAAUAAAUAUAAACAAGCAAAAGAAUUUCUUUAAUAAAACAUUACUAGCAUUUAAUUGAAAGUAAAUUUGUGACCAAUGUAUUGAUCGCGGUGAGAACAUUUAUCGAGAAAUUAUCACACAUGUGUAAAUAAGUCAUACUACGCUUGCGAGCUAUCAGAAAUGUAAAUUAUUCGAAAAAAUAAAUAGACUCAGCCACAAUUAAACAAACAAUGAGAUUUAUUGUUGUCAUGUGAACAAACAAAAUCGAUGUAAAAGGUAUAAGAACAGCAUUUUCCUUUAGUUUUAAUCAAUGAAGCGCACAGUAAAAGUAUAAAUAAGAAUUAUUUAUUGUAAAGGUAAAUGGUAAUAUGAUUAAUUUUAUAACAAAACACCGUCAAUCCGAAGCUAUAAUUAAAAUAUAUAAAACAAUGUACAAUAUACAUAUACAUAUAUGUAAUGUGAACACAUCUUAGUGCAUAUAUUCAUUGGUACAUACUUGUAUGUAUGUAGAUAUAUAUAUGUAUAAGUAACAACGGCAUAGUAUAUGUCAUAUAAACCUAUGCAUAUAUACGCCUAUACAUAUUUGGAAGAAAAUAAGUGUGGAAUAGUUAAAGAAAAUAUAUCUGUAACUGCAUAAAUCGUAUAAAUUUGGUGGUGGAUUGGCAUUACAAUACCCAUACUUAACAUUGUGAACGAUCGUUAUUUGCUGCCGUUAUAUGUACCUAAUUAUGUCAGUUGAAUUUUCCUUACUGGCAAAAGUAUUUAUCCUUUCUGUAAUUGAAAAUUUUACAUUUUUUUUAUAUACAUGUACCUAUAAUUUCUUAUGUAUAAUUGAAUGUAAGUAUAUGGCUGUGUUGAAAGACCUCGUUUUGUCCAUUUAACAUCCUUUAUUCAAUACUCUUGAGUUCACCUGCAAUUAAUAGUGUGCAUGCAGUUAAACACUUUUACAUCCCUUAAACAUCUUUGUACUUAUGUUUCUUUAACUCAAUUUAUAGCCCUUGAAACUGGCUGAAUAACAUCUAGCAAUCUGAGACGUAAUAAAUUUAUUUAUAGAAUGUGUUUUCCAAAAUUUCAUACACAUGUUCUCUUAUACCACAAAAAAACAACAGCUUUUGUUUCGGCACCUCGAACUUUGUCGAAAAGGGAGCGAUGAGCAAACGGAAGGGAUCCAAGUUGCUCGUACUCGUGCAACACUAUUUAUACUAUUAAGGAGGAAAUUUUUUUUACGACAACCUGUAGUUUUAAUAGGAAUGGGGUCACGGGGAAAGACAAAUGGCACUGGGUUGCUUGUACAAGGUCUGCUGUUCUUCUAAAGUAAAAAAGUUUGACUGCCGAGUAAACAAAAUAUACAAGAAAAUAAUAUAAAGCAAGUAAGGAAGGGCUAAGUUCGGGUAUAACCGACCUUUUUUUACUCUCGUAAUUUACAAAGAUCAAAAGCGAUUUCAUUGUUUGACGAAAUCGUGAAUGGAUUACAAUCAAAUUAGAUACCAAAUUUAUUAACUUAUAUUAUAGGUCAUAGACUCCUUAGUUAUAUUACUACUCGGAUCUUAUCUUCCACGAUAUUUGGGUUAAAAUCAACCUAAUUAAUAUGCCCACGCAAUUUUGUGAUUUACACACUUACCGACAUAUUCGGCAUAAGGUGUGCUGGAUAUCGAAAAUCAUUAUAUGUAGCAUAUGGGAGUUUAGGUAAUUCGUUGACCGAUCUCACACAUUUUCGGUAUUAAGAUAUGGUAUAUUGAACUAUAGUAUAUCCAGUGUUAUAUGUUAGAUAUUUUACUUAUGUACAUCCACAAGAUGCCCCUCCUUAAGGCGAUUCAUAGUAAAGAAAUACAGUUUUGUAUCUUAUUGUAGAAAUUUGCUAGGCACUUUAUAGGUUUUCGAUUAAUGGCAUUUUGUGGGCGUGGCACACGUGCAGAUGCGGAUUGCUCGAUGUGAACGUAAUAAGUGACAAAACUUUUACUUACAUCUACAUACUUUUGUAUACUAUUGCUACUGUUGUUACUAACAUUCGUCUGCACUGAUUCAAAGAGAAUUUCUAUGAAAACGAAUAAAAAAUUACCUGCAAACCAAGAGUAUGAUAAACUACUCUUUUAAACUGACAAAUUACUUUAUAAAAGUACAUACGAAGAUAUUAUAUAUGUGACAUAUGUACAUGUGCCUAUAAAAAGAAUUCGAAUGUUAGUAAAAAAUUAAAUUUGCUUUUAACUUUGCUUACUUAAAUUUAUAACUUAAUUAUAUGUUUAUGGAAUCGGCACAAAACUUUGAAAUUUAUGAUAUUACAUAAUUUUAAAUUUCGAAAUAUAAUUACAGAAAUUAACAUUCUGUUGAACAUCCCAAUCAUUACAAAUGCUUAGCAUUAAUAUUUGAUAUGUUCUAAUGACAUCACAUUUGUUAAAUUUAAGUUUUGCCCUGGCUGUAUACGAUCCCCUAACCCAUAUAGACACAUCCACAAUUCAUUUUGAUCCGAAUGGUAAAAUUUUUUGUGGAAGAUAUUGUCCAUGUGGCAGAAUUGUAGACAUGAAUAUGUACAUAUUGAUAUUUUUUAAUUAUUUUUAGCUUCAUAAAUUAUUGACAAUAAAAGAUUAUCGCAUAUUAUAUAGAAGAAAUUAUAUAUUGAAUCAGUAAUCUAGUCGUAAAUUGCAUGGCGAGUUAAAGAAAUAUACAUGUAUUUUUUUUUUUAAAUUCAAACUAUGUAUAUAUUAUAUAUAUUCUCUUUUGUAAACAAUAUUAAUUUUGCUGCUCGAAAUGGUCAAAUUGUUAAUUAAAUUUAGCUUCUAUUUGAAAUAGUGAAAAACACAUUCGUACUUGUAUAUAAGUAUAUGCAUACCUAUGUAUGUAUGUAUAUGAUUGGCAUAGGAUCCACUUUUGAUUGCUGGUUAAAUGUCAAAAGCUCCAAAUGGUAGAUGUUACUAUAAUAAUUAAUUAUCACAAUAAUUUAGUGAGUUUUUUCCAGAUAUUUAUUACGGUGAGCAUUUCAAAGGUAUAAUAGAUACUGCGAAAUAAUUAUUUCUAAUGUGUUGAAUGUAUUUACCAUUUAAGAUAAAUUCUGUUGAUAAUAAACAUUAUUGUUGGCAGUAUUUUAGCAGACAAUAUUGAAACUAACUUUGCAUCACAUUGAAGAAAGAUAGUUUUAUCCAUACGCCUGCGUUCCUAUACAAAAAUUACAUUAAUAUUUCUGUUUUAGGUUUAGAUAUAUUUAUUUGUGAAUGUAUUCAAUAUAUACUUUUAAUAGUAGCUGAAGAUUUAUGUAUGUUGCUGUUAGUAUGUAUGUGCAAAGCUAUCAGAUUAAGUUGACAUUUAAAUUGACACCCAUUUUAGAUAAUUGAUAAUUUCCAUAACACUGACUUCUCGACUCGACUCGAUCGCUAAAUCUGAAAGACAAACACAAACAAUUCAAUACAAGCAGAAUGCAAUGCGAAGGAAGCGAGAAAUCGACAUAGAAUAAACAACAACUUGUUACGAGAUACUUUUGUAUAACUUUUGAUAUAAUAUAGUUAACAUGAAUAGAUGCCUAAAUAAUAAAUUAAUAUUAAUUUAUUGUAUUAAAAUUAAAAAGUAAUGAUAAAAAUCGUCGAUGACAUGUAAUAAUAGUUGCAGAAAAAUCGAAAUUUUAGGUUAUUAGAUUUAAAGGUUUAGACAAAGACAUAAGGGAAGAGCUAGGGUAGAGAGUGGUUAGUCAUUUAAUAAAUAAAAAUGUCAACGAUUAGUUAAAUUACGAAUUGAAUUACUUUAAAUCAUAUAAAAAUGACCUUGCGUACAAAAAUUAUUACAAAAUAUAUAUAAAAAAUCAACGGAAUAGAGUUGCUUAAACGUGAUUAACUACGAUUGGGCCGACUACUACAUACGUACCUAUAUGUACGAGUAAUAAAAGAAAUUUUGGUGAAUAAAAUGGUAGCACGGAGGAUGCUAAAUGAAAGAAUGAGUCGUUUAGGAAGCGACCGUCAAAUUGCACUUUCGAUAAUACACAAACAAUAAUUUUGUUUUUAUAUCUAUCAGCAUACACUGCUGGCAAUGUUAUUAUAUUGUAAUUAUAAAAUUAUUUCUACUUAAACUUAAUUUUAAAUUAAGUUAAUUCAAUGACGAAACACACAACCACAUACAUAUAUGUAUAUAUACUUGUAGGUAUAUAUACACAUACGCACGGAACAAAUUAAACACAAACAUAUUAUCAGAAAGCGGAUCCGAUCAGUAAGUUAAUUAACUGAUAUUGAAAUUGAAUACAUAUGCACAUUUGUAUAUCAGAAAUUGAAUCGAUAAUUACAAUGCAAACAAACGUAAAUUUCCUUGAAGUAAACACGAUUUAGGCAAUUAAACUUAAUGUAAAAUUAAAUUUUAUAUCCUUAACACAGACAGGUCAACUGUCGUAGGUCGAAUAAAUUAAAAGGAAAAUGGUCAAAAUUUAUUCACAACAAAAAAAUACAGAAUAUAUUUAAUAUAACACUGCAUAUAAGAAACUUAUAAAGGAAUUUCAAUGGGAAAAAAUUGCAUAUUGGUGCGAAGUGGAAUAAAAGAGAACAAUAUUGUUUAAAAAAAAUUUUUAACAUACAUACAUAGAUAAGAAUUCAGAAAUUCACGAAGGAAUAGAUUUCUUUGAUUGUUAUAGAGCAACAAAAUGAUAAAUUAUUGAAAUUAUAAAGUAACUGCAUACAAGUUACGAAAAAAUUAUAACUAAGCAAACCUUGAAAUGUGGUAGAAAAUACGAUGCAAACCCCUAAAACCAUGAACUAAUUUAUAAGAAAAAAGUAAUAAUUGAACACAACUAAUUGACAAAGUAAUAAAAAAUCCGAAAUCAAUAAAUAUUAAAGAAAAUAUAAUUAUUGUAUUUGUAAAGUAAACGAUGAAAUAAGUAAAUUGUUGUUAUUGAAUGUAUUUGUAUAGAAGAAUAUUAUCAUUAUGAUGAUGAAUUAUAAUAAUAAAUAAAUAAUUAUAAAUAAUAAUUAUUGUUCAGAAAAAAGAAAAAGUCGUAGUGAACUUGUUAUCGAGCAUAUCGAUCGUAUACAUGAUGGAAAUCCCUCGCUAUAUCAAAUAUCACAUUAUUUUAGAUAUUUCAUGGUUUUAAAAAAUUUCUGAAACCGUUGGUAACUUUUCUAGUUUGUUUGGUUAAAACUGUUAAAACGUAUGUUUAAUUUGAGACAAGUUUACUCUAAAUGAACUCAAAAUAAGUAAGAAUCCACCCUUGAAAUGUGAUAAGUUCCUUUUUUAUCAAUCCGAUUUUAUGCGAAUAUUAAUGUUAGUUCGAAGAAACCACGCUUAAAACCACAGGUUUUGCAUAGUUUGGAACUGGAAUUGUUGAUUUGUAUGCAAAAGCUUAACUUUGUGAACCUUCACUUAAAUAGACAAUGUAAAUUAGAACGAAGAGUCGCCAAGGUACACACAUAUACGUUAUCGGUUUUGGUGAAAUGAGCAACAUAGAAAAACUUUCAAAUUGCCUUCAAAUUGAAAAAAGUUUACCUCUUCUCAUUCUUAAUUCAUUCACCACUUGUAUUUUGUUGCUGUUUUUUGGCCACAUCUGUUACAGAAUAAACCGAAAAAGUAACUUUAAAGACUUGGUGUAAUCUCUAUCUCGAUCAUUCUUGAUAGAAACCUUGUUUUAUGGAGUGUUAUGGUCAAGACCACUUGUUGCAUUACAAUGGCUCCAGAAAUGAAUGUUAUUUGGCUUGCGAAUCAAUUUUUAUUUAUAACGGAUCAAAACCCGACCAAUGUUUCUAAACAUAAAAAACUCUAAUAAAUGAAGUUGUUUUUACUAGCAACUAAUUUUUGAAGAAAAUGCAAAAGUCCAUACCGUGUGAGAUGUGGGCACAGAACAAUCCUCGCCAGUUUAGAGAAAUACCUAAUAUCAUCAUCUGGAAGGAUCAUGUUCGGAUAACAAUUGUAGAAAUAUGUACUUCAAGGCAUCUCAGACGUCUCAAAAUUUGAUAAAUAUAUCAAAAGAAAUAUAUGUGUACCAGAAUGAUUAAGAUGAUGAGAGUAAUUCAUUUCGGGAUAUGAGUAUGUCCGUCCAUCUGUUCAUUUAACUUGAUAAACGUAUUGCUAUGUACGCACAUGUUAUAAAAUCGAGAGGUAUGAGUGGAUCCAACAUAUUCACGAAGCAUGUUGAUCAUAGCAAUAUCUAUUAACCAGGUUGACUCUAAAGUGAUUAUUUUUGAAAAAACGAUAUACCUUAAUGAAAUUAAGAAUGCAAGUACUUUAUUAUAAGUGAUACAAUUACCAAUGGUCAAUAAGGAAAGUAACAAGUCACAUCGUUUGGAUUCGAGUUCGAAUCUUAGCGCGAAUAUUGCAUUUUCCAACAAGUUUGGUUCAUUAAGUAUCUCAAAUUUGUGUUACCGUAUGAUCGUCCUCCUCAACCACCGUUUCUAGGUAUGAUGAGUUUGAUAUCGAAAACAGUUCGAUAAUAUCAUAUUUCAAUAUUUCGAAGGGAUAAAAGAAAUCAUUAGAAUUGUUUAAUUCGAAUAAUUGUAUGUCCCACCCACAAUUAUGCUUAUAAAACAAUAACUUUUCAUAUAAUUUACACUUUUUAAAGACUAAUGAAUUUACAUCAUACAUUUUUACUUUUAAAAUAAAAUAUACGAGUACUGGCCCAUUUAAAUAUCUUUGGAUAUAUGAAAAAACAUUCAUUCUUACAUAAUUUUUAACAAAUCAUUAAUUUAUUCUAUAUCUGUCCUUAUUUGCUUUUUCGGAAAUAAAACAUUCUUAUUUCUAACCAAGUAAGGAAGAGCUAAGAUCGGUUGUUCUCGAACAUUUUAUAUCUACUCUCGCAAUCUUCAAAUAUCAAAGCCGGGGCAUAUCUUCAGGCGUUGACUAAACUUUAUACAUAUUAACAAAUGUUGCGAAAGAAUUUAAUAUUCAUUAUUCGACUGGAUCACAAUCAUAUUUGGUAUCUUACUUAAACUUAUAUUUAUAACCACUUAGUCUGAUUCAUUUAUAUUAAAAUCAAUUUAACUAACACAAAAC